AAUAAAGUUCGCGCGCGCCGGGAGCGGAAGCGGAAACGGUGAGUCUCCAUGGCGGUGGCGGCGGCAGCGGCAGCGGGACCCGUGUUCUGGAGGCGACUGCUGGGCCUCCUGCCUGGCCGCCCAGGGCUGGCCGCGCUCCUGGGACGCCUGUCCGACCGCCUCGGCAGGAACCGGGACCGCCAGCGCAGGAGGUCACCAUGGCUGUUAUUGGCUCCCUUGCUGUCCCCAGCUGUUCCCCAGGUCACCUCCCCACCUUGCUGCCUGUGUCCAGAAGGUGUGCACCGGUUCCAGUGGAUCAGAAACCUGGUUCCAGAAUUUGGAGUCUCCAGUUCUCACGUCAGGGUGCUUUCUUCCCCGGCAGAGUUUUUUGAGCUCAUGAAGGGGCAGAUAAGAGUGGCCAAGAGGCGGGUUGUGAUGGCAUCCCUCUACCUGGGGACAGGUCCUUUGGAACAGGAGCUGGUGGACUGCCUGGAAAGUACUCUAGAAAAGUCACUCCAAGCAAAGUUUCCUUCAAAUCUCAAGGUCUCCAUUCUCUUAGACUUCACGCGGGGCUCACGAGGCCGGAAGAACUCCCGCACAAUGCUGCUCCCGCUCCUGCGGAGGUUCCCAGAGCAGGUCCGGGUCUCCCUCUUUCACACGCCGCACCUCCGUGGGCUGCUCCGGCUCCUCAUCCCUGAGCGCUUCAACGAGACCAUCGGCCUCCAGCACAUUAAGGUGUACCUCUUCGACAACAGCGUCAUCUUGAGCGGGGCAAACCUGAGUGACUCCUACUUCACCAAUCGCCAGGACCGCUACGUGUUCCUGCAGGACUGUGCGGAGAUUGCCGACUUCUUCACAGAGCUGGUGGACGCGGUGGGGGAUGUGUCCCUGCAGCUGCAGGGAGAUGACACGGUGCAGGUGGUGGAUGGGAUGGUGCAUCCUUACAAAGGUGACCGGGCCGAGUACUGCAGGGCAGCCAAUAAGAGGGUCAUGGAUGUGAUCAACUCAGCCAGGACCCGCCAGCAGAUGCUGCAUGCCCAGACCUUCCACAGCAACUCUCUUUUGACCCAGGAAGAUGCAGCAGCUGCUGGGGAUCGCAGACCAGCCCCUGACACCUGGAUUUAUCCGCUGAUUCAGAUGAAGCCCUUCGAGAUUCAAAUCGAUGAGAUUGUCACUGAGACCCUUUUGACUGAGGCGGAGCGCGGGGCAAAGGUCUACCUCACCACUGGCUACUUCAACCUGACCCAGGCCUACAUGGACCUGGUCUUGGGCACUCGGGCUGAGUACCAGAUCCUUCUGGCCUCACCAGAGGUGAAUGGCUUCUUUGGGGCCAAGGGGGUGGCCGGCGCCAUCCCAGCGGCCUAUGUGCACAUCGAGCGGCAGUUCUACAGCGAGGUGUGCAGCCUGGGACAGCAGGAGCGGGUUCAGCUUCAGGAGUACUGGCGGAGGGGCUGGACGUUCCACGCCAAAGGCCUCUGGCUGUACCUGGCAGGGAGCAGCCUGCCCUGUCUCACGCUGAUUGGCUCUCCUAAUUUUGGGUACAGGUCAGUUCACCGGGACCUGGAGGCCCAGAUUGCGAUCGUGACGGAGAACCAGGCCCUGCAGCAGCAGCUUCACCAGGAGCAAGAGCAGCUCUACCUGAGGUCAGGUGUGGUGUCCUCUGCCACCUUCGAGCAGCCGAGUCGCCAGGUGAAGCUGUGGGUGAAGAUGGUGACUCCACUGAUCAAGAACUUCUUCUGAGGAUAGACAGGAAUGGCCUUGAUGAAGAUGACAGGCAUGGCCGGGGUCAGCUCCUUCAGCCGCGCUUCAGCGAUGACUCCAGUCUGGGUGUCCCAGCGAGCCCCUGCAGGGACAGUAUGGCUGAGGGUCAGGUGUGCUGCCAGUAAGUGAGGGAGGGGCUGGCAGGAAGGUUGGGGUCCUCACACUCCCCGCCUUUUGCAGAGAUGGGCUCCACCCCAAAAGGCUUCAGGCCAGGUGCCACAGCUGGAAGCAGAGGCCUUUGUAGGUGAUGGCAUGCAUGUUGUAACUACCCCGUCUCACUGGGCACAAGGAACAGCUCAGCUAAAGCCCUCGGGUUCCAUCCGUUUAAGUCUGUGGCAUUUCAGAGCCUCAUCUGUCAGCCUUAAUGUCAGUGGCAGGAAGUCAUAACUCCAGCUAAAAAUUACAGAGUAAAGUUCCCUGAUUCUUCAUGUGUAAUGUCUGCCCUAUGUGUACAUACACAAUGUAAUGAUACAUCUAUGCAUAUGAAUAUUAUUUGCCUUUAACCAGACUAUGCUGUUAUUUCUACUUGCCCUAUUUAAUGUUGUUUCUAUUUCCUGUCUGAAAUCUCAAAAUAAACAUGGAGAGCUUA